AUGUCAGUCAAAUCGCCGUGCCUGGAAAUUCUUCCCUUCAUAUUUAGGGAGGAACAAAUAAGUAAUAGAAUUCAAACCUUCCCGACGGAGACCAUGAAAAAGGCGUACUUAGAAUUGAAGGGAUAUUUUGAGCAAUACAAAAUUUACGCAGAGAAAUUAAUUAACUUUAACGGGUCAAUGAAUGACGAAAAUCAGAGAAAAGAAAAAAUGACAAUUAAGUUGAGAUGCGAAUAUUACGCAGUCCUCUUCUCACAAGCGUCUAAGCUUUUAAACGAAUACAUAAACUUUAGAAACAGACUCAUACUCGAAUUGGCCAUCAAUGUGAACGGCUUGAUCAACUCCAUACACCCCAACAUAAUACAAAGACUUAACGAGGACGAGAAAAGGGAACUGCAAAGAUGUUGCGAAAAUAUCCGGAGCGAAAGAAUCAAGUCGAAGCUAGAAAAAAAAUUUACCGUAUGCUUCUUGAACGACUUAAUUAUAGAAGACUUAAAUUACGAAGGAAAUGAAGACGAAAGCGCAGCUCGAAAUGUUUUCUACGCAGCGGGACUGAAAGUUAGCGUUUUUGAGGAUAAGGCACUGGAUUUGCAAAAAUGUGAAUGGGGAAGAAUCUUAAGGGACUAA